CACACACACUCAUACACCAUCCAAAAAAAAUAUGUUUUAUCCAAAAUCACCUUUUUUACGCUAUCCACUUGUUGAAUCACAACUUUGCAAAGGGAAUUUGAAUUUAUUGGAAGAUCUAUUGACAUGGCUUUGUCGUACUCCAACCAAUACCACCUAUCGUGUUAAUCUGCUAAAAUCUUCUCUAGAAUCUUUUAAAACUGAAGUUGAAAAAAUUUUGAAACAACGUUAUGCGGUUCCACCGAAAAUUUAUACUUUUACUGAUUUGCCUGAACUUUUAUGUAUAGGUCCUACAGAAAUAGCACCCAAGCCUGAUGAGCAACAAAAAGAAAUCAUUGUGGAUCCUUGCUGUGGUGCAGCUGUAUUGAGAGGAGCUCAUAUUUAUGGCAUUGGAGUCUUGGCCAUGGAAUCUGGUACUAAAGAAGGCGAUUUGGUGAAUGUUUAUGCAGAUUUGGCGCAAAAAUGUAAAAAAGGUUUAAAUAUACGCUAUGUAUCCAAUGAAAAAGUAUAUUUGGGCCAAGGAAAAGUUUUAAUGCAACGCUAUCAAAUAUACAGAACCGAAGGUCCUCAACAGGGCAUAGCAGUGGAAAUGCUUAAUACCAUAUCAGGAGUACCCUCUAUUGGCGAUUUAAGCAAUUCUAAGGCAUUACUACAAAAUCUUCCCUCCAUUGUUUGUGCUAGAGUAUUAAACCCUCAACAAAAUGAAUUGAUUCUGGAUAUGUGUUCAGCACCCGGUAAUAAAACCACUCAUUUGGCUGAAUUGAUUAAAGAUCAGGGCUGUAUAAUAGCUUUAGAUAAAACUGAAAAUAAAAUAAAACUUGUUAAGGAUAAAAUUGAGAAAAAUCUAUUGAAAUCGAUUAAAGCUUAUGCCUUUGAUUCUACAAAAUCUUAUAAUGAAAAUUUAACUAGCAACAAUGCAGAUUUAAAGCCUCCUUUUAAGUCACAAACUUUCGAUCGCAUUUUAUUAGAUGCUCCCUGCAGUGCUUUAGGCAAUAGACCGCUAUUGUCUAGUAAUAUGUCACCAAAAAUGCUGGAAUCUUAUGCCAAAGUUCAAAAGAAACUAUUUGUCAAUGCUGUGUCACUGCUAAAAACGGGUGGCAUUUUGGUUUAUAGUACCUGUACAGUUAAUAUGGCUGAAAAUGAAGAAAUUGUGGUAUGGGCUUUAGCAAAGUUUCCCGAAUUAAGUUUAGAACCUGCCACGCCAGUAUAUGGAACAUCAGCUUGGCCCUGUGAGGGUUUAAGCGAAUCCGAUCGUUGUAAGUUGCAACGAUUUGGUCCUACGGAUAAUAAAAUGGAUUCGGUGGGAUUUUUUAUUGCAAAAUUUGUGAAAAAAUAAAUGAAAUUGUUGAACUUAUAACUUGCAUUAGAUAGAGUUUUAAUGUGGGUGGUGGAGGUCAUAGGCAGACGAAAGUUUGUCUUGAUUAGACAAUGGUCUUAACUGAAUUAUAGCCUAGUCUAUUAUAUAGCUUAGUCUUAAGCUUAUCACAAUCUAGACUUAACUAUUGUAUAGUCAUUGGUCGGUAGUCUAACCUUACCUCAAAUCGUUUCACUUUUUGUAUGACAUUUAAGAACUUUAGAUCGUUAAUUUUAAACUGUGGAAAUUACAGUCGAAAGGGGAUUAAUUUUUGGAAAACGUUUGUUUUUAUUUUAUGCUUUAUAUUUAAUUUAAUUAUAAUUCAAUAUUGAUAUUUAAUUUGUUGUUACUAUUUCAAUUGUAAAGUACUUAUACAACUGUAUAUUUAAUUUUAAAAUUAAAAAUAUUUUUCUUAUUUAAAAUAUUAAAAUAAAAUUAAACCAAAUUAUUUUUUAUA